UCUUCCAGUAAUUCGCCAAAAUGACGAACACAAAGGGAAAGAGGAGAGGCACUCGAUACGUGUUCUCUAGGCCUUUUAGAACACAUGGAGUUGUUCCUUUGGCCACAUAUAUGCGAAUCUAUAAGAAAGGUGAUAUUGUAGACAUCAAGGGAAUGGGUACUGUUCAAAAAGGAAUGCCCCGCAAAUGUUAUCAUGGCAAAACUGGAAGGGUUUACAAUGUUACCCAGCAUGCUGUUGGCAUUGUUGUAAACAAACAAGUUAAGGGCAAGAUUCUUGCCAAGAGAAUUAAUGUGCGUAUUGAGCACAUCAAGCACUCUAAGAGCCGAGAUAGCUUCCUGAAACGUGUGAAGGAAAAUGAUCAGAAAAAGAAAGAAGCCAAAGAGAAAGGUACCUGGGUCCAACUGAAGUGCCAGCCUGCUCCACCCAGAGAAGCACACUUUGUGAGAACCAAUGGGAAGGAGCCUGGGCUGCUGGAACCUAUUCCCUAUGAAUUCAUAGCAUAA